AUCGCUUCUCGGCCUUUUGGCUACGAUCGAGUUUCGAGUUCGUCGACAGUUUCUGCGCAAGAAUCGUCUCCCUGUGGCCCGCGUCCCUCAGUCGCGCGUCACCGGGGCCCCACCCUACUGCCACGGAAGAUGCCGCCGUCAUCCCAGGUCCCGCCGAAGGCUCAGUCUUUCGUGUUCUCGGCACCCGCCGAAGUUCCUGUUGAUGAAAUAAUCGACAGCUUGUAUGGCCUCGUUGGUGAGGACAGUUUGACGCACUUGCAACACUUCGGUGCAAUGAAGUUCCUGGCUGCAGUCGGUUCGACGGCAGCUGCAGACAAGAUGGUAGCGCAGGGCCACCUGCUGCUUCGAAACGUCGUGGUCCCGCUCGAACAAGUGGGACCGCGUAUCAUCCACGUGACGGUCUUCCGGCUCCCUCCCUACGUCCCCGACGACGCCCUCCAAGCAGUCUUCAGUUCUUACGGGAAGGUGCUCGCCAUUUCCCACCUGACCUACAAAGAUCGGCCAAAGCUUUUCACCGGCACGCGAGUCCUCCGCAUGGAGAUGAAGACGCCCGUACCGAACUUCGUCAGCGUAGGAGGGCACCGUGUGAUGUGCGAAUACCGAGGAAUGAAGAAAGUCUGUGCCCGCUGCGGCCUGGAGGGCCACUUUGGAGCCGCUUGUCGCACACCACGCUGCGACCGGUGCGGCGUCUUCGGCCAUAGCACUGACGGCUGUAAUGCCCCGUGCAAGCGUUGCGGUCACAACCACGCCACCACGGAUUGCACGCAGCGCCGGAGUUACUCGGCAGUGAUUCGUGACGAGGGUCCUUCGGAUCCUAGGCCCCCUCCACUGACGGCACCCGACCCGCCCGACAGCACUCCAGGUGCUCCACCCCAGCCUGCAGAGACCCACCCGACCGCCGGCGUGACCCAACCGGACGCUCCCCAGGUACCACCAGCUGCGCCUUCGGAGGCCAGCGGGCGCGACGACCCCAACUCGGAAGCGGAGUCCCUCCCCCCCCUUGUCAUCGACGAGUCGGCAGAAAGUGAGUCGCCCGCAAGCCCAGAAGCCCAAACCGGAGUAGCCACUGCCUCCUCCUCGACAAGCGACCCAGGCGUGAGGCCACGAACUCCCGUGGAAUCUGCCACCGACAACACGGAAAGCAUGGAGUCGUCGCCGUCAGAGAGCGACUCCGUCAGCUUCCCGGUGCUGGACCAAGCAGCCAAAAGAGGCCCCCCCUCCUCGUCAGACUCUGGACCUGGCCCCAUACGCUUGACGGGGAAGACUGAGCUCGUUGCCAGACCGGCGCUGCGUCUACCGCGGUCCAGUGGCGGCCUGAGCAUUCCGUGUCUCAGUACGUUUGCGCAGGUAUUGGCCCUCCGCUGCGUGUUAGAUAUCUUGGAGGACGUAGACUAUAUCGGCCGUACUCUAAUGCUGUACUGGUUGGGUCAUUUGCGCCGGACGCUCGUGCCUCGGGGACUGGGGAACCUGGCUCCGGCGGCGGAGACACCUCUGCCGCAUUACGUUGCGGUCGUUGCGACGCAGCGCCGGGUGACCCAAGAGUUACCCGGCGCUCACAUUCAACAGCUACCAGUAUCCCGUGCUUGCGAGUCGCUUUGUGCCUCAGAGGUGUCUCUGGCGCACCAGUCGCGUAGCUCCCAGGUGUCCUGGGAGAGCCUUGUUUCUACGGACGUCCCUGCGCAGGCAGCCGAUACUGGCUGGAAAUUUGGGUGGGGGGUCCUACCAACGAGAGACCGACUAGCAAACUGGGGAGUUGCCGCUACCGACAGCUGCCCCAACUGCCCUUCUAUCGAAUCCAAUGAGCAUGCCCUCGUCGGCUGUGUUGUCGCCAGGACGUUCUGGACACUAGUGGCACGGGCCUUCGGGGUGCGCCUGCUCACGCAGAGACGACCCAACCGUUUCGCUAGACUUUUAGAAAUUUUAACGCGCGAAGUCUUGUGGGAGUUUAGGUGUCGCGCCGUGGUCCAACGCCGCCGGUUUAGGCCUCUGUUCCCCAUGCUUCGAACUUUAAGAGAGAAAGCUGCGGACUAUCUGGAGACACAACUGUGGACGCUUGGGGGGCAAGAGUUCCUGAGACGGUGGCACUCGCGGUUUUUCCACGUUAAUAACAACAGAAUUUUGCUGCGGCCUACUCCGGUUCUGCACGGAAUGUGACACAAAUCAGUGGUGAAGUGUGGCCUGCGUGCCACCAAAUCUUAGCACUCUUGUCAGAGGUGUGGCUGUUGUGCCAAGAUCUUUGUAAAUAUGUAAAUAAACUUUU